GCCAAUGCGGGGCAGAAAGGAGUGGCAGGGAUCCAGGGCAGAGAGGAGAGGCGCUGCACUGUGUCUUUAAGCGCCAGUGAACUCCAUCAGGGGGAGUCGCAGUGCAAAUGAUCAUUGUGCUGUGCGGUCAUCACGGUGGCGGGACCUGCUCUGUAUUACGGUGGAUGGGAUCUUGGGGUCCGGUGUAUUUUUUUUUGUUUGUUUUUUUUUUUGUUUGGGGUAAAACACAGGAUGAUUAUUCUUGCAGUUGAAACGCAUGGAGCAGUGUAAAAGGCUUCGAAACCGCCUAAUCAUGAGGUGCCACUGGGUUGUUUUUGCCUCACAUUUUCUUUUGCUGCCACUAACAGUGUGGUGCGAUCCAGUCAUCUCGCCCAGUGGGCCUCACAUAGUGGUUCCCAAGAGGGGGAAGCUGGAGCUGCGUUGCCACGACAAUGCCACAACACCUGGCACCCCAUCCAGCUUGAGGUGGCAGCGGGAGAGGUCUCGCAGGCUGGAGGGAGAGGUGGAAGAGGGUGGAGUGGCUUAUGUCAAGGUGCCAUCAGUGCAGGCCUUACACAUGGGUCGUUAUGUGUGUGUCAACAACAGCACACUGGAGCACAGCUCCAUCUACGUUUACGUGAAAGACCCCCAGAAUGCCUUCCAGCGCACCAUGGUGGACGUCAUUUUGGUGCGUGCAGGUGAGAACUGCACCAUCCCCUGUCUUGUGACUGACCCUGAGGUCACUCACCUGGCUUUGGAGACCUGUGAUGGACGACCUUUGCCCUUCAGUAUGAGUUACCACAGCAACCUCCAGCGAGGCGUCAUCAUCAGCAACGUGAGAAAGGAAUAUGAGGGCUGUUACAUAUGUGUGGGGCAGCUUGGUGGACUCAAAGUCACGUCUAUCCAAUACACUGUGGAUGUACGACUUGUUCCAGUGGUGCCCCCAGUGAUCACACUGUCCCAGAAAGACACCAUCAUCUUGAGGAAAGGAGAGCGGUUUGAGCUCACCUGUAGCUCCACCAAUGUCAACCCAGACUUCAGUCUCAAGUGGGACGUCCCUUCAACAGCGCAUCCUGAGGAAUCUCAGGCCUCACACAUCCUGUCUGGCUCACGUGGUUAUCAGCGAGCCACCUCGCUCUUAAUCGCAGCUGUCAACCAAUCAGACUCAGGCACAUACCGCUGCUAUGCCCACAACGAGAGAGGCAUCAGUUCUACAACGCUGCAACUGGACAUCCGCAAUCAGGGGUUCAUCACCAUGUUAGGAAGUCCCGGUCCAGUCCAGGCAGAUGUUAAAGAGGGGGAGAGCCUGAGCCUCAGGGUAGAAUUAGAUGCCUAUCCUUCACUCAACUCCCUGUUUUGGUCUUACAAUGACAAGCGGCUCCUCAACACCACAGAGCACGUCAUCACUAUCCACCGCCGCAAAUACAGAUACAUCACUGAGCUGAGACUAGUGAGGGUUCUCGGCUCAGAAGGCGGGAUCUAUAAGUUCUCAGCCAGUCAUGAGGAUGCAUCUGUCGAUCAUUCGUUCCAUGUGUACGUCAACAGUAAGCCUGUUAUCAUCGCCCGGGAGGGGCCUGUUGACGGACAGGUGCGGUGCAUCGCUGCAGGUUACCCAGUACCUAAAAUCAGCUGGUAUUUGUGUGAGCUGCCCCACACGAGGUGCUCACACCUGCCAAAUGCCACCCAAUUGGAGACUCCGGACGUCGCCAUGGUGACCGAGUCUGCGUUUGGUAAGAGUGAGGUGGAGAGCCGACUGAACAUCAGCAAGGAGCACGCACACUACCACACCCUCGAGUGUGUGGCGAGUACGGAGGGGGAAGAGGCCUACACACUUUUCCUCAUCAGUGAACGCAUUGUCCCCCACAAACUCUUCACUCCUCUCCUAACUGGUAUGGUGGCUACUGGCGUCUUACUCAGCCUCAUUCUACUGGUGCUGCUCUAUAAGUACAUGCAGAAGCCAAAGUUUCAAAUUCAGUGGAAGGUCAUCGAGAGUAUCCAUGGCAACAACUAUAUUUACAUUGACCCCACCCAGCUGCCGUAUGACUCCAAAUGGGAGUUUCCUCGACAGAAACUGCGCUUUGGUAAAACCCUGGGCUCUGGGGCUUUUGGAAAGGUGGUGAGGGCCACAGCGUAUGGACUCUGCUCUGCGGAUACCGUUACAACUGUUGCUGUUAAGAUGCUCAAACCCAAUGCUCAUGCCACGGAGAAGGAGGCGCUGAUGUCAGAGCUGAAGGUUCUCAGUUACCUUGGAAACCACGUGAACAUUGUUAACCUGCUGGGAGCCUGCACCAUCGGAGGCCCAAUUUUGGUGAUCACUGAGUACUGUUGCUAUGGCGACCUCCUCAACUUCCUGCGCAGAAAGAGAAAUUCCUUCCUUAAUUCCCAAGUUGGUGAUGGUUACUAUCGCAACGUCUUGAACCAAACUGAGCCAACAAGCCGAGAUGUGACUGGUACGGGAUAUAUGCCCAUGCGACCCUCUGAGAAAGACCGGUCUUCACAGUCAGAUGAUAUUGAUGAAAUGUCUCUGGACGCUGAAGAUCUCCUCAGCUUCUCCUACCAGGUGGCCAAAGGAAUGGAGUACAUUACUUCCAAGAAUUGUAUUCACAGGGAUCUUGCAGCCAGAAACAUUUUGCUGACUCACGGCAGGGUGGCAAAAAUUUGUGACUUUGGGUUGGCACGAGACAUCACCACUGAUGCCAGCUAUGUCCUCAGGGGCAAUGCUCGUCUGCCGGUCAAGUGGAUGUCUCCCGAGAGUAUUUUCGACUGUGUCUACACCUUCGAGAGUGACGUGUGGUCCUACGGCAUCCUGCUCUGGGAAAUCUUCUCUCUGGGUAACAGCCCGUACCCUGGGACGCAGGUGGGCUCAGCAUUUUAUAGGAUGAUUCAAGAGGGCCACAGGAUGAGUAGGCCUGAGUUUGCUCCCAUUGAGAUGUACGACAUGAUGCUGUCCUGCUGGAACCAUGAUCCUUUGAAAAGGCCUUCCUUUAGGAAACUGGUGGAGAGGACUGAACUACUGCUGUCUGAAAAUACCAAGAACGUUUACCUGACGCUGAGCAACGCCCCAAUUCCUCCAGAGCAACAGAGGGCGUCAUCACGGAGGCUGAGCUCUGUCUGCAGCACAACAGCACCCACCCAGCCUUUACUGCAGAGCACGACUGAUGUCUUCCUGGACUAUGUCUGACACACUCAUACACUCAUACAUACACACGCAGACAGACACACACACACAGACAGACAGACACACACACACACACACAUUUAUAUGCACAUACACAAUGCUAGGAAAUAUACAACCCCCCUACCUCCCUGAUCGUUCUCUCCUUUUACUGCACAAGUAUACGAGCCAAAUACACUCUGUAGACUACUAACAACACAUUCACUCAAACUAACUCUCAAGUGCUCACACAUACACAAAGACACACACACACACACACACACACACACAUAGAUAUUGUAUAUAUACAAUCCUGCACUAGGCUCUCAGUAUUGGCCUCUAUCUAAUCUUCCCUUUGGCGUAUUGAUCUCUGUAGUAGGUAUUUUAGGUGCACAUCUAUACAAGCAGACUCAAGCUCUGGCCACCCAUCAGAUACAUCAGCAGCGGGAGGAGUUUUGGCUCACAAUCAGCUUUGGAUUACAUCUUAAAAUGCUUUGGGAAAAACAGAGACUACGAGUAAAUACCUGACCGUGGGAGAUGAUAUUGGACUGAGGCAUGGAUAAGCGGAGUUUGUGCCUGAUGACAAAACUACAAGAAGUCUUUGUGUCAGAUUUGUCUCUCAUUUUAAACAAACAAUACAACAUUUUGGGAAUUACACUUACAUGCUUUGUUAAUGGGAAUUAGGUGAGACCAGUCUCAUGUCUCAUGUUAAGUAUGGAGCUGUAGCGAGCACGCAGUUAGCUUAGCAUAAAGAAAGGAAACCAUAGGAAACAGCUAGUUUGGCUUUUUCCAACAAUAAAAAUCUGCCUACCAGCACCUCUAAAGCUCACUGAUAGGUGGACCGUAUGCUAUGCUAAGAUAACUGUGUCCUGGCCACAGCGUCAUAUUUAAGAAACCAAUAUAAAGGUGACAUCUACCUGUUUAUCGCUCAACAAGAAGGUGCAUAAAAGGGGCUUAAGUGUAUAUCACUAAAUGUCGAACUAUUCCUUUAAAAUUCUUAAUUUACUGCAAAAGUCACUAAAACAGAGGUUGUCCGCAAGCCUACCUUAAAACUGGUUUUAACAGGCCUUGAAAAAAAGAGACCCAAAGUCUUAAAUGAGCCAUAGCAAGGUGGCAUGCAAGCUCCUAAUAAUAAAAAACAAAGCCAUAAGUUACAGAAACACCGAUUCCCACCUGUGUGUUGUAGCUUUGAAUACUGUGACUUAUAAAAACUAACUGGUGUAUUGCUGUGUGUAUUUUAGGGAUAGCUUUAGUUUAGUCUCUUUAGCAAAGCCACUGUGGUCAGGUGUUUAGGACUGAUUGUGUGCUCUUUUUACUUGAUUUAUGUCAAACAUGUAUGCAAUGUAAAUACAAUAGAGAUGUGCCUUUAGAUUUUUUUUUUUUUUUAAUACUGAAUGCAUUUGGUUGUGACACAGUUGUUGUGGAGAGGACAGCCAGAAGAGAGCUUAUGUUCACUGGUUUUAAGGUUCUUGCAGUUUUGAUACAGUUGGUUGACUUGUAAUAAUAAAGUACCUGUGAUGGUAGAACCACC